ACCGUUUCCUUAAGGAAUAAUCAGAAGCCAGAGUCAGUCUGUGUCUGACGGCAUCGGCAAAUAUUUGUCUGAUCACUAUGUUAAAUCAUUACAUUGUUGGGAUGAUUCAGGAUUUCGGGGAUAAUGUGCUGUUCGGUGUUAGAAACUUGUAACAAUUUGGCAUCUAUGAAGAGAACUAUGAUAUUAAAAGGUUAAAGUCACACUUUCAUACUACAAAAUACCUCCAUAACUCCAGGCAACACUUUUACAUUAGAGAAAUUACAAAAUAAGCCAGUUAUAAACACCUAAAUAAAUACUAUUAUCUGAUUAUGCUCACAGCUAUAAUAAUAAUAAUAGUAUUUAAUCCUUCAUGAUUUAAGAUUGCUGAUUGGUUAAAAUGGUUAAAAUCAUUUUUUGUGACUUUUCUUGUUAGUUUAAUGUGUCAUUUUGGAUGUUAACCCCCCAAAAAAUUGUACCAUUACAAGAAAUAGUGUGUAUGCACAUAAUGAGUUAAAUGGAAUCCAGAUCCGUAUCUACUGUGUUGUGUUUCCUUAAUCUUACCAUUUUACUUUUUCCAUCCGCGUGUUUUCAAAAAUAAUAAAAAUAACUAAUUGCAGUCAGUUUUGGAAUCCAGAAGAAAAGAAACAUUGGCGUCGUAAUACCCUAACUAUGCGGUUACAUGACACCGCCCUGUCGUGGAGACUUUGCCUUCACGCCGUCCUUCUGCCACACAGUUCAGUUCGAUGGCUUAACGCGCUGAAUGUGUUUUUGGGUACGUGCCCACAUGUUACACCUACAUGUUACAGACGGUAACAGCGGGAGAUGAACCAGUUUUUCGCUGAGAGGCAGAUGAUGAUUUGACCCAGCUGGCUUAUUAAAAUAACUCUGUGUGUGUGUUGGCAUGCAGCUGUACGGAAGUGUUAACUGCUUAAAUGACACAUUUAAGCAUUAAAGUGGCGCUCGUAUCCAGAGCGGUUUAAUGGAGGUUUUGCUUUGUGUCGCAUAUGGUCGCAUGCUAAUACAUGAAGUGUCCAGACCGUAGUGUAACUCAGAGCUGGACGGUAAAACUUUCUGACUGAUGGUCAACUUUUCUCAUUUUCGAUGAAAUUUGUAUCAGUUUUCUUACUUUUUCCAAGAUCACAAUUGGACAGGAUAACCUGCCUAAUAUGGGUCAAAACACAGGACUUCUUGAGACGUCCUGCACCGGAAGUUGACGGAGGUUCCUUUGAGUCCUUGGAUAAUAAGUUGGACCAAGCUUCUCCCAAAAAACUCUUCGAAUGUUCCAUCUGAUUGGAAUCUGGGUUGUUUGGAGGCCAUCUCAAGGCGCUUUGUCGCAUUUUCCGAGGAGUUUAUUCGGUGCUACAGUGAAUUCUGACUAGCUCGGAUAGUGCCGUUGCCAUUAGGUGGUUGCUCGGUCUCCGUCAGUAUUCGUUUGUUUGGUAGAUGCCAAAUGAUAUCCCUGUUAAUGCCUGGAAACAAGGUUUUCCAGCAGAACAUUACACUGUAGUGAGGCAGUCAAAGUUAUUCCCUUCACCUGUCUGUUGGCCACCAGUUUCUAUGUUGGAUUCGUCAUGCAUAGUUUCUGAAUAAGUGCAUCUUUGUGUGUACAUUGGUUCGUUUCCAAGGGAAUUAGUCAAUGUCCACCCACAGGAAUAUUUCUUCUCCAUCUCUAUCCGUCUUAUUUCCAUUACCGUGUCAUCACUAGUCUGGUUCUCGUUUUCCUCCCGUUCUCAUCUCCCACUGCCCUUUGUGACUUUCCCUUGCUCAUCAUUUGUCCUCAUCUGCUCUCUGCCCCCCACUCUUCAUUUCAUUUCUCAGUUUUCCUUUUCUCACACUCUUUUUUUUUUUUUAUCUCUGUCUAUCACUCUGCGUUUCUCCCUUCACCCCACCAUUUCAUCAUGUUUCACCAACCCCGGAGAUUACCGUGGGGAUUAUGCCAUGGGAUGGGUUUUAAUGGUUACGUAAAAACCCAUCGCUAAACCCAGAAUAAUUUGCUGGGAUUAGAUCCGUUUGUGCGUUUUGCAGGGGAAGGGAGGAGGUUGAUGUGGUGGUGGUGGUGGUGGUAGUGGAGGUGGGUGGAGAAAUGAUCGCGUAGAGCCAAGCUGAGCAUUAUAACCUGACCAGUGGGGAAUGGGAGAGGAUGAAUAAACCUUGGCUGCUGCCUGGAUGAGUGACGCUGGAUACUUUAUCUUCCGAAGACAUUGCUGCAUGCCCCUCUUCGGGCAGUGUGCGUGUCAGCUCCACCAGAUGUCUGAUGAGGAAAGGAGUUCAGUACAUGAAGAAUCGAGUCCAUUAGAAGCCGGUCUAUUUCUGAAAUCCGGUGGGAGACCUUGGGUUUCACGUGUCAGCAAAACAGAAACCAUCCAUCUGCUUGAAAAGACUGGGGUCAAACUCAUCGUGAGGUCGAGCACCUUUGUUGGUGUCCUCUCCACCGGACCUUCGUCUAACUUUCUUCACAUCUUUGACCUCUGAGGUUUCUGAACCAGGACUUUGUUCUCAUCGCGUCUCUCAUGCCCACCCGUCGGCUAAAAUGAUGUUCUGCACCACCUUCCUGUCCGCGCCGUCGGACGAACUCGGUUGCGAUGGCGGCGGCGGAGGUGCAAGCGUCGCGGGCGGAGGUUUGGGUCCGGGCAGCUGCCUGUCGUCCCUGCACUGCCUCGUUCUCCCUCAGGACGAACUGUACCCACCUCUCUCCGACCCCGCCGCCCGGCUCUCCGUUUGCGCCGAAGAGCGGGCCGGCGGCCUGGUCGGCAAAAUGCUUCUAGACGCCGGCAUGGCCACCUGCGGACUCAGGGAUGGCGGGUGCAUUUGGGACAGGGUGAGGAGACGACGCAGUCGGUCGGCCUCACCUUCGCCCAGCAAAACUCCCAAAAGUCCCUGUAGCGAGGGCAUUAGAGGACCUACGUUGCCCAUGGCCACUGUCGACAUCAAAAACCCGGAGAUCAACAGUGUUCAUCGUUACCACAACAACUCUCAGGUGAACAACCUUGUGCACUCUGCCUUCCCCAAGAGGGAGAAGAAAGCCAAAGGGAAGAAAAAGAGGCUGACCAAGGCAGACAUCGGCACACCGAGCAACUUCCAGCACAUUGGGCACGUAGGAUGGGAUCCAAACACAGGCUUCGACCUGAAUAACUUGGACCCAGAGCUGAAGAACCUGUUUGACAUGUGCGGCAUCUCAGAGGCUCAGCUGAAGGACAAGGAGACCUCUAAGGUCAUCUACGACUUCAUCGAGAAGAAAGGAGGCGUGGAGGCUGUCAAAAAUGAGCUCCGGAGACAAGGUCCGCCCAGGUGGAGUGCCCCCCCACCGCCUCCGCCCCCAUCCAGAGGCGGCCCUCCUCCCCCGCCCCCUCACCACAGCUCGGCCCCUCCUCCCCCUCCUCCCGCCCGGGGUCGCGGCGCCCCUCCGCCUCCCCCCUCCAGAGCCCCCGUCUCUGCCCCUCCGCCUCCCCCUCCGUCCCGACCGGGCAUGACCGCCCCGCCGCCUCCCCCGCCGAGCCGAGGCCCCCUCCCGCCUCCCCCUCCGCCGGCCCACGCCUCGAUUCCUGUAGCGCCUCCCCCACCUCCCCCGCCCCCCUCAUCUUCCACUCCAUCCAGCACCGGCGGGCCCCCUCCUCCACCUCCUCCUCCCCCGCCUCCCGGCCCUCCGCCUCCCGCACCUCCGCUCCCCACGGAGGCUAACGGAGGGGACGGCAGCCUGGCCGCACCUGGAAAGUCGGCGCUGCUGAGUCAGAUCAGAGAAGGAACUCAGCUGAAGAAGGUCGAGCAGAAAGAGAAGCCGGCUGUAUCCAGGGAUGCACUUCUGGACCAAAUCAGACAAGGAAUCCAGCUCAAACCUAGGGAAGAUAAUAUAGAUUCAACACCUGCCACACCUGCCCCCUCGGCAGGCAUCGUCGGUGCCCUGAUGGAAGUGAUGCAGAAGAGGAGCAAGGCUAUUCACUCUUCAGAUGAGGAUGACGACGACGAAGAUGACGAGGACUUUGAGGAGGACGAUGAAUGGGACGACUAGUCAUUCACUUCUUUUCUCCUCCUCUCUCCGACUCCCUUGAUGAUCAUGACACUAAAAAUCAUGUCUUUCUAAGAAGAAAUCUUUAAUUUCAGAAUUCUAAAUGUAAAUGUUCUAUCAAUUUGCUGUAUAUUUUUGUUGCCUUUAUGCUUUUUUUUUAUUAAUCUGUGCAAUACCUCAUUUAAUCUGUAAAUGUUUGUCAUUCUCAUAUCUUAGGCUGUUGUUUCUUUAUCUUUUUUUUUUCAUGUUUGUCUGGACUGGCUACUUGUCUCCUGAUAGCAAAAUGUUUCUUCUUUCAUUUUAACUGUCUUAUUGCUUCUCUUUUUCUUUCUUUUUUUUUUUUCUCCUAUCACUGUGUCUCUUUCUUUUUCCUCCCACGUCGUGUCACCUCCAUCUGUCACUCGGCCAUCUUUCAUAUCUGCUGCCUCCCAUCACACAUGAUCCUUCCCUCAUCACCCUCCCGUGUUCCCAUGCUCCAAAUUGCCGUGCAAUUUUAAAUCACCUCAACGUCAUUGGAUUUGAAUGGUUUUUUUUUUUUUUUUUUUUUUGGUCUGAAGGGAGGGCUCACAAGACAACAAGUUGCCACAAAUCUUUGAUUAAUCGUGUCGUCAUUGUAUGUUAGGAGGGGGAAAAAAAAAACUAUUUUCAUACCCUACUGCUCUGUAGUUUAUUUUUACGUAUUCAAAAAUGAUCCUAGUUUAGCACUCAUAUUUUCUUAUGAAGAAAAAAAAAAAGCUCUUUUUUGGAAUAUUUAGCUUCAUUUGCUGUGGACUGUAAAUUUGCUCCAGAGUUUGAGUCUUGCUAUAUUUUUGCACAGAUUGAAAAGAGGAGACUCGACGCAUGAAUACAGAACAUUUUCAGGUCAUUAUGGGACGUACAUGAUGCUUUAAGUAAUGGCACGGAAAACACUCUGAUAUUUUUUAACCGUUAACACACCACACUACAAAUGGAGGUAGCCCACAGUGUUAUGGCUGGCUAUCUGUCAUGAUUUUGUCACUGUCGCACUACAGAUUGAGUUGAUUUUUUUUUUUCUUUUUCUUUUUUUUUUUACAGUAGCAGGUAGAGUAUCAGUAAACGCCUGUUUGUUGGAAUCAGGUCAUUCAUUGUGUAAAGCUUGAGAAUAAAGACAUUUUAGUUUUACACACCUGAUGCUUAUAAUGGGUCCAUAUAUGCUUAGUUACUGUACAGAAACCGCAGGGCUAAAGUUGUUUUCUUCCAGUUGUAGACAUUAAAUGCUGACACACUAUAGGAAGAAACACAUUCAUGGCAUUCUUCUAACAAGUAUCAAUAUUUUCUUGACUAACUAGUAAAUCGAGAGGUGUAACAUAGGAAUAAAGAACUUAGACAGUGGUUAAUUUAGUCCCUGCAAAGACCAAACGUGUGUACUUUAAAGGUGGAUUUGUCACAAAACUUUAAAUAGGGUAUUGAUAUGUCAGUUAUGGAAAUGUUAAAAAAACAACAACAAAAAAAAACAAAUGCAGUUGCUUGUACUGAUGUGAUAACCCCAUCUUAUCAGGUUCAAAAGUAUUACAUUGACAUGUAAUAUUUUAGACUUAAUGUUGAGACUAAAUUCUUACUAACCAGCUAUUUUUUUUCUUUUUUUUUUUUUUUUUUUUUUUUACUAACUUAUGUGCUCUUUAAAGUAACACUAUGUAACUUUUGCUAAACAGCUGUAUGCCACAAGUGAUAACAAUUGAAUUUGCUUUAGCGCAAAUUGUAGGACGGAGUUUGUGACGUGUUGCUAAUGACACAUUAGAAUCGAGGCUAAUCUACUAGCCAGGCUAACAAUAUGCUAACUGUUCGUAGCAAGGCAAGUGAGGCAGGAAGUUGAACUGAGUAAGGGUGAGUGAAAUCAAGUGUAACGAAAGUGUGUCUUCCCUCUUUCAAAAGUUGCAUGGUUUUGCUUUAAAUCUUAGCAACGUAACUGCUAAUUGCUAAUCGUUCACGGCUAACAUGUAGCUUAGCCUCUACAGUAACUUAGCUGCAAGGAUACAAUUCGUAAAUUGUGAAACUUCUCGUUGACCCCAAAGUUGCUGCAGUAAUGAAUUUGAUUAGUUAGGCUAAACGGUUUAAUGAGCUGCAGACCUGAUAAUCAAAGACAUUUCCUAACAACACUACUUUUAUCGGUAAGCUAACAGCUAGCCUGCUACAGCUGCUAACACAUUUCUGGUUUGUAGAAUGCUCAAAACCUCAUGAUGUGACAAAUGUCAGGAAAAUAAAUUCUCUAAACUAAUGUUUUUCCUGUAUUUGCCUGUUAGCAAAACGUGUCUUUGAGAGACAAAUUGCCACUUGUUUGAUGUAAGAACUGACCUCUUUUGUCAAAUAUUAAGAUACUGUUUUUUUGGUGGGUGGGGGAGGUGGAAAAACAACCUAGCCAUGUUUAAUGCUGAUGUUAGCUUCUGUAGGUAACUCGGUUAAUAAGAUGUUAUGGACGCCAAGUCUCAUCAAAGAGACUGGUCAAAUAAUGAACUCUUACGUUGUACACUCCAAUAAAAAGUUGAUAUUUA